AUGGGGUCUCGGGCCGACGGGCCCAAAUAUCUGGGGAACAAAAUUACUGUGACCGACACCUGUCACCCACGUGCAAUCAAACGAUUGAAAUUUAUUUCACAACCCGACCCGGAGCCCCGCCCUCAGGAGUCAGGACCCGACUCCAGCCGGGCCGUGCACCUCCAUCUUCACCCCGCCGCCGCCGUCCUUCCACGGUGCCGUCUCGUGCGCCAGCUUGUCCGCCGCCGUCCUCCUCGGCUCCGACUUGCAUCUCGUCAACGCGAGCGGUCCCAUCGUCGCCGCCGGCAGCGAGCACGACGACCGCGCCGGCUGGAGCAUCUGACGGCGGGUGCCGUCGCUCCUCCCCGACGGCGGGGCCGGGAUCUGCUUCCUAGGCUUCGGGUCGGCGCCGGCGGGCUGCCUGCCCCUGUCCUGAUGGCGUUCGCAGCCGCCGCCGGCGGCGGCGGCGGCUUUGGGCGACCUCCUGACAAAGUCGGCGCCCCGGACCCAGCUUGGGUUCGCACAUCAUCAACAGCAAGCAAUCGGGCAGCACCUGCUUGCUCUGCUCUUCAUCUUCUUCUUCUCUAUUGUUCUCAAGCUCAUUGCUUUUUCCAGCUGUCCGAGUUUUCUUGGUCUAGUAGAGCUUCAAAUGAGGACAUAUUCGACUCGGUCUCUUCUGAUUCUUCAUCUUUAGCAUCAAUUUCUUCUUCUUGUUCAUCGGUGGCCUUAAUUUCUUCUUCUUGUUCCCCACCAACAUUCAAUAAUUUGAAUUUCUCCUCAAAAUUACUUUCCAACUCGUGUCUCACUUCAUUUCGGAUCUCUUCUUCUUCAUCGAUCUUACUCGAAACCUUAGUACAUUGCUCAAAGGCUUCACCUUUAUCCUCAAACACAACUUUCUCAAACACCAAAUCUCCUCCUUCCCAAGAACUAUUCUCUUCAGCUUCAUCUUCAUCAUCAUCUUCAUCUUCUUCAAUAUCAUCGCGAUUUCUAUACUCCAAAUUAGAGUACCUAUUGACAAGCGCCGCCAUUUUUGUCGGAUCUGAUCGACACCUCAUAAGCAAAAGCGCAUUCUUGGGAGAUGCCAGUUCUCCAUCUUUCAUCUUCUUCUUCAACCUCCAAACUCCGCCCUUUAACCUCAAUCCUCCCAUUCCUAACCUCAAUAUCAUCAAACACGUGCCGCCUUCCCGAUUUUCCCUCCUCCUCCUCCGCCGCCGCCUCUCCGCCGCCGGCCGCCGCAAAAAUCUCCCCCCGCCGCCCUCCGCACACCAGACACCUCCUCAUAAAAACCCCACAUCCCCCAAUUUCUUCCCCACCAUUACAAUCACCGUCAUUACAGCAACAACCACUCUUAAAGAUUCGACAUUUAUGACGACGGCAGCCGCCGCCGGCGCAGGGGAACAGCAGGCAGGCGAGCUCCGAUCCGAAGGCGCGCAGGUGGACCCACCUCCGGCUCUUGCGCUCCUCCUGCAGCUGCUCCGCCGCCGUCCUCCGGAAGCUCGCCUCCCCCGUCCGCCGCUGGGAGACGCUCCGGCGGCUGUGGCUACCCCUCCUCUUCGAUUUCACCCUCACCUGCCCGAUGCAGGUCACCUUGGGGGAGGACGGCUCGGGGUUGUCGGCGGGUGGACCGGAGAAGGAGGCGCCGCCGCGGAUGGAGCCGCUGCGGCUGCGGCGGCGGCGGAAGAAGCCGUUCCUGGUGGCGCGUAG